AUGCAAAAUAGAGAGCUCUAUCUAUCGGGAGGUUCUAAAAAAUUGACUUCCGCUGACCAACAAGUCCAUCACCAAAAUGAGUGAUGGCUAAUUUAUAUUCACAAAUUCGCGACAAAACAAACUGUAUGUUUAAAUAAGACGAUCAUCAUUUCCAAAAAAAUUGGGUAAUUAUAUAUACAAAUUAAAAAGUGUUUUGAUUUGAUGAGAGAUCAAGAAGAAGGAUAGAAGGAGAGAUGAUGCUAAGGAGCGCUUCCACGCCGUCUCUUGUUUCGUCCUUCAUGGAGAGGCCCGCCGGUGCCGGCGUCAGCCCCCACCGCACCUCCAGCCAAGUAUCAUGCAACAUCGGCCACGCGCCGGGAUUCGCGGAGAUCCGAUCGCGGCGAGCUCAAUCUGCCGGCAACUUGGAAGAGAUAUUGUUCAACAUCGCCUUCCACGCCGGCGGCGACGCCGCCACCCUCUCCCGCCAAUCGUCCAAGAGGAUCAACGCGCUGGAGGCCAUCCCGUCGUUUCAUUCCAGCGACGAUGGGGCGGCGGAGGCGGAGGAGGAGGAAGACGAAUACGAAUACGAAUACGCCGGCGGCGUGCGGGGAUUGAACGGAUUUUGUGAUGUGGGAUUUCCCGGUGAGGGGAAGAUGUACCUCGCGGCGGGGAUUGGGGUGAAUGCCGUGGCGUUUCUUGAGGAGGCCGGAUUCGGCGGCGGCGGAGGGGGUUAUAAUAGGACUGCUGAUGGGUACAGGGACGGCGGCGACAACCGUGGACGGGGGCUCAGCGUGGAGAAUCACUUCAAGAAUAUGCUGUUGCAGUGGCCGGGGAAUCCAUUGGUUCUCAGAAAUUAUGCUCAUUUCUUGUACCAGCGGAAGGGAGAUCUGUUGGGAGCCGAGGAAUAUUAUUCCCGAGCGAUUUUGGCAGACCCUGAAGAUGGCGAGACUCUGUGUGAAUAUGGUAAGUUGAUUUGGGAGCUGCAUCGCGACACUGAGAGAGCCAAAUCCUAUUUUGAGAGAGCAAUCAUGGCUUCAUCUACUCAAAAUUGCAACGUAAGUGCAUCAUAUGCGAGUUUCCUGUGGGAUCUAGACGAUGAAGACGAGGAUGCUGCUGCACAGUCACAGACCAAUCCCCCUCCUACUCCACUCUUGUUACAGUGUUAAUUGUUUUUCCGUUUGGUUUGAGUGAUAAGACAUAGCUCCCGCCCGCAUUUAAUCAUUCAAAUGAGUUGGGUCAAUUCUUAUCUAUCUCAUCCACCAAUCCGAACGUCUCAUACGGAAAGACAAUAUUUUUGUAAUGCUCAAAUUAAUUAAGCAUGUUUAUGUUAUGUGUAAGACAUGACAAGACAAGGCUGGCAUAAAUUGCAUCUGCAGUUUAGUUAGUUAGUCAGCCUUGUAGGAUUCAUCUAUAUAUUGAUGAGGUGAGAAAUAUUGAGGAAAAUGUAUUUUUUCAAACGAUGUAUUACAUGUCAGGCUGCAUCUACAUAUAGUGCAUGUGGAAUGACAUGGUUUAAUUUCUUUGGUUUUAUUUUAAUUUUGAAAAAGUAUGAGGAUAUAUUUGUUGAA